CUUAACCAUUGAAAUUACUAUAAUAUCCACGAAACCCACCUUAUUAAUUAAUUGAAAUGAAACAUUUUAUGGUUAAUUAUUUUUUUGCUACUUUAUUGACUAGUUUCCUGCUUGUCUACUGUAUGCAUCUUAAAUUCAUAAAUAAAUUUUGAUAAAAAUAGUUGUCUAGUGGAACAAUACCAAAACAAAUAAUUAUUGAAUAUAUUUUUUUCUUUAUUUUGUCACAUUCAUAUAGUUUAACUAUUGUAUUAUUCAAUAAUUACAUUCACCCAAAAAGAAAACAUCCAGUUCUAAUGUAUGGGGCAGAAACCUGGAGAACAACGAAAGCCAUCAUCCAGAAAAUACAGGUGUUUAUUAACAAUUGUCUACGCAAAAUACUUCAGAUCCAUUGGCCGGACACUAUUAACAACAACGUACUGUGGGAGAGAACAAACCAGAUCCCAGCGGAGGAAGAAAUCAGGAAGAAGCGCUGGAAGUGGAUAGGACACACAUUGAGGAAAGCACCCAACUGCGUCACGAGACAAGCCCUCACAUGGAAUCCUCAAGGCCAAAGGAAAAGAGGAAGACCAAAGAACACAUCACGCCGAGAAAUGGAGACAGACAUGAGAAAAAUGAACAAGAAUUGGAUGGAACUAGAAAAGAAGGCCCAGGACAGAGUGGGUUGGAGAAUGCUGGUCAGCGGCCUAUGCUCCAUUGGGAGUAACAGGCGUAAGUAAGUAAUUUAACUAUUGUAUUAUUCAAUAAUUACAUUCACCCAAAAAGAAAACAUCCAGUUCUACUGUAUGGGGCAGAAACCUGGAGAACAACGAAAGCCAUCAUCCAGAAAAUACAGGUGUUUAUUAACAAUUGUCUACGCAAAAUACUUCAGAUCCAUUGGCCGGACAUUAUUAGCAACAACGUACUGUGGGAGAGAACAAACCAGAUCCCAGCGGAGGAAGAAAUCAGGAAGAAGCGCUGGAAGUGGAUAGGACACACAUUGAGGAAAGCACCCAACUGUGUCACAAGACAAGCCCUCACAUGGAAUCCUCAAGGCCAAAGGAAAAGAGGAAGACCAAAGAACACAUCACGCCGAGAAAUGGAGAUAGACAUGAGAAAAAUGAACAAGAAUUGGAUGGAACUAGAAAAGAAGGCCCAGAACAGAGUGGGUUGGAGAAUGCUGGUCAGCGGCCUAUGCUCCAUUGGGAGUAACAGGCGUAAGUAAGUAAAACACGGAUGGGACCUCUUUUACAUCUUCAUCAUCCAUCAAGCUACAAGUUACAGCAGAAAAGUCUAUGUUUCAGUCUGCUAUUGGUGGAAUCAUAUCAUGUAUUGGAGGUGCUGUAGGUACGGGAAAUAUCUGGCGCUUUCCACGUAUUUUAGCAACUAAUAGCACUUCCGGUGGUGCAUUAACAUUUUAUAUUAUAUGGAUUAUAAUACUAUUUUUUUGGUCUAUUCCGAUUCUUAUUGUGGAAUAUUCACUUGGAAGAUUUACUAGAAAUUCUGUUCCAUUGGCAUUUUGUAAAUUUUUUGGACAAAAGUUCUUCUGGCUAGGUGCAUGGUUGGUGACAGUAAUUUUCUUUUUGAGCUGUUAUUAUCCUGUUGUACUUGGAUGGUGUAUCUAUUAUUUCUAUAUAUCUUGUGUGUAUUCUUUACCGAAAACAGAAGAAGAAGGUUUAUCAAUUUUCAAUAAUUUUGCAGAAAAUUCCUAUUGGCCAGUACUUACUCAGUUUCUGGCAAUCGCCUUAAGUGGUAUUUGUUUAGCCGGUGGAGUUAAAUGGAUUGAAAAAGCCAAUAUUAUUCUUGUCCCACUAUUGCUAUUCAUAAUUGUGUUCAUGUUCGGUUGGGCAAUAACUAGACAAUAUGCAGAAAUCGGUAUUACAUUUUUAUUCACUCCAUCUUGGAGCACUCUUACAUAUCCCAAUCUUUGGAUUGCAGCUGCUGGUCAAAAUGCUUUUGAUACAAGUUCUGGUAUGGGUAUAAUGACAACCUAUUCUACAUUUAUGUCAAGAGAUUCUAGAAUAGUAGCUUACAGUUUUCUUAUCCCAAUAAUAAAUAAUCUUGUAAGCUUAUAUGCAUCUAUAACGAUAUUUUCAACAGUGUUUUCGACAGUCAUACAAACAAGUCCUACAGUUACUCGCUCAGCAAUUGUAAAACUUAUAAAGACUUCUGGGCCUGGAAGUACAGGACUUACUUUUACUUGGAUACCUGUCUUAUUUUCUAAAUUUGGUUUAUUUGGUCGAAUUCUAUGCGCAAUGUUUUUCCUAUGCCUAGUUUGUGCUGGAAUAAGUUCAUUACUGUCAAUUACUCAGAUAGGUGUACUUGCAAUGAAAGAAUUGAAUGUACCUCAUCGGUUAGCCGUUGCUAUUGCCUUAAUUGCAUCAGCUCUUAUUGGUAUACCUUCAGCAAUGUAUCUUGACUUUUUAACAAAUCAAGAUAAUACAUGGGGAUAUGGACUUGUAAUUUCUGGAUUUUUAUUCUGUCUAUUAGUUAUUGUUUAUGGUCCAAAUCGUUAUCGACGUGUUCUUAUUAAUGAAUUUGGUAUAAAUGAUUGUCAUUUACCAAUUUUUUGGGUUCCACUUAUAGCAUUUUUAGUCCCCUUACAAUCAGUUGUACUAUUAGGCUGGUGGAUGUAUGAAUCCAUAACUACCGAUCCAAAUUGGUAUCAUCUAAACUGGACAUCACUGUUAACAACAUUGUUAGAAUGGUUCGUCGCCGUGAUUGGCCUAUUAAUUUUAAACUGGAUACUUUAUCGAACAAAUAUACUCAGUAAAGCUUUAAAUAAAGCUCAUGGUUGUGAUCCGUAUAAUCCAGCAACUUAUGAAAAUACAGACGAACAAAUGGAAAGUACUAGUAUUAUCAAUAAAGAAUUAAAUAAUAAUAUUGAUGGUAGCACUAUUUGUACUCGGUUAUAAGUGAAAAAUCAAUCUUGGCAAAAUGAUAUUGAUCAGUAUAAAGCAUUGUAUAUUCCCCUAAUUUGACAAUGAUUCUUUCAAUUAAAUUGUUUCUAGUCACAUUAACUUCGUUUUUUUCACUGCUGGUUAUUCUGAUGGUAUAGUACAAUCAACACUUAUGAAAUGAUACUAAAGGAUCUAAUAGGUUCCUUUCAAAAAUCUAUAACUGUGAGUGAAAAGAAAUGUUUAAAGUUUAA